AUACAGCGUAAACAAGACAUCUUCAAUUUGCAAACAUGACUUUGCAAGAAAGCGACGAUUUCGAAAGGUUUUUGAGUAAUGUAGACCAGAUAAGUGAACUGGUAAAAGAGUUUAAUUCCAGCAAUGUGUUGUGCCAAGAGAAAGCUUUUGAGAAAGCAGACCAAUUUAUUGCAUCCCUGGAGCGGGAGGAACCAUGUCAAACCAAAAUCAAUAAGACAAUUAUAAACGCAGAUCCCUCAUCUGAAAAUAGGCCACUGCAGGUCCAGUGUAUACCAAGCCAAAAUCCAGAGAGUUUCAUUAGGAUAUUAGAAAAAGAUGCAGAGGAGAGAAGACAGAGGAGAGAGAUGAAGGUGGAAAAGGCCAAUUCGCUGAGAGAGAAAGGGAAUGAGGCUUUCACUCAAGGUGACUAUGAAACGGCUGUCAAGUUUUAUACGGAAGGGCUGGACCAGCUGCGUGAUAUGCAGACGCUCUACACAAACAGAGCUCAGGCCUUUAUCAAGCUGAAGAGAUAUAAGGAGGCCAUAAGUGACUGUGAGUGGGCUCUGAGGUGUAAUGAGAAGUGUAUUAAAGCGUAUGUACACAUGGGGAAAUCAUACCUAGCACUCAGAAAUUUCCCAGAGUCGAGAAUGUGCUAUCGAAAGAUUUUGGAGAUAGAGCCACAACAGGAUAACAUGGUCAAAGCUUAUCUGACCCAAGUGGAUUUGGAAGAAAAGGUGGUUCUCCAGGAAAAGGCAGCAUGGAAUGAGCUGCAGGAGGGAACUGAGCAGGCCACAGCGAUAACAGAGCUACUGAAAAAGCUUGACAGACCAAAUGAGAUCCAUCUAUACUACCGUGGGGUAGUGGAGCUGCUCACACAGGCUAUUAAAAACUGUACUGGGCAGACGUUAUUCAGAAUAAACAAUGGAUUCAGUAUCAUUAAUGGCAAUAACAUUGUAAGAAGCUGUCUCUCACCGAGUUUUAAAGAUCCAUGUGCAGUGGAUUUAUGUGUGUCCGUCCUGAGACUAUGGAGGGCAGUUUGCGGUGGAAACGAGCAGAACCAGCAGCUGUUUAUUGAGUGUCCCAAUGCUAGAGAGUACAUUGUCCAAAUGUUGGCAUCACCAUUACUUGAAAUACACAGGGAAUGCCUGGAAUUGCUCAGCAUUUACUCGCAUACUCAGUAUGGAAGAGACCUGCUUCUAGACAACCUGAAUUUAUGCCAAAUGGCAGAGAACCUGAUGGGAUGCGUCUGCUGUGAUAUGAGCUCUUCCUCUGUGCUGACAUUUCUGGAGAACCUGACUGCAGAAAAUAAAUUUAAGAUACAAUCAAGGGAGAAUUUCACAGCAGUUUUUGCCCUUCCUUUUGAGCAUCUUCUGUCAAACAUUGUGACAGCCAACCACAAGAUACUAGGUUCCUUAAUUUCUGUGAUUGGGAGCAUGGCUCUGGAUGAUGUCAUUGGAAAGAAAAUGGCAAGCCGUGAAGAAUUUUGGAGAUGCUCUCUCCUAGCUAUGGAGCAGUGCAGUGUCUGUGAAUUUAGAAGUGUCCUUUAUCCCCUCUUGGGUCUAAUGAUCAACCUAGGCUCAAAUCCCUCUCAAGCUAUACAGAAACAUGCUGUUCUGGCCAGCAGCAGGUGCCUGGGCUUGCUGAGUGAUCCCCAUGGAGGCAUCAUCACAAGAGCUGCAGGUUUGCUGAGUGUCCUCCUUCAGGAGUCUCUUUCUGCCACGCAAGAAGUCGUGGAGAAAGGAAUAGUGAAGAAACUGCUGAAGAUUCUGAAGGGAGGAGGAGAGAUGAGCUCCAGAUACUCCAUUAAAGCCCUAACAGUGUGCACUGCCUCUAUCCCACCAGCCUGUGAGGAGCUGGUUAAGCUUGACAAGAGUCUGCGCACUUUGAGAAAACUUCUGAGCAGUACUGAUGAGGUGGUGGUGGGGAAUGCAGCUCUGUGUAUGGGGCAUUGCAUAGGAGUGGAUGGAGCUGCCACUAGCCUCCUUGACACAGACUGUGUAUUGCUGCUGCUACGCCAUGCUGCCAGCAACACCAAGAGAGCAGCCGUUCAGCAGAAUGCUGCCAUCACCCUUGGGAAGCUAUGCAAAAAAGAGCCCAGGCACAUGGGGAAACUCAGGGAGCUCCAUGGUUUAGAAAUCCUUCACUCCUGUGUGAGAUUAAUCACAUGAGCCUCUACCCUCAUUCAGUUCUUCAGUCAAUGACCCCAUAACUCAGGGCAAGCAUGCAAACCCACACACAAAAAUACAGAUGAAUGCUGUCCUUUGGUCUCCUGUGAAGAUGCUCAUUUGAAGUGAGGUCACAAAUUACUGUCAUGCCUUUAGGCCUAGCCUUAUUAUGCAGCUGUUUCCUGUGUUCAUUUUAAUUAGAGAGAAUUUACAUUAACACGUGACUCUGUUAUCUGCUGUCAUUGAAAACAUGUAGCCCCAGGACAAUAUUCAAAACGUUUCAGUUUCCUUUCAUCCCAAAUGGUCCACUUGGGAUGUGUGUUGCCUUGAUUACAUUUGCUCUCUGUUUGUUGAUAAA